CGGCGAUACUUGCGAAAUCAGGAUGGAGGAGUUGAAGAAAGAAAUCAAUUUAGACUCGGUGCUGGAGAGCCUGGGCCCGUACGGACGGUACAAUCUGCUGAACUUCGUACUGUUGCUGUACCCAAUACUGCUGAGUAGUUUCUUUGAGUGCGGUUUCAUUUUUGAGGCAAGAGAGAUCGCGUACAGAUGCCAAGUGGACGGCUGUGAAGACAGAUUCAAACUGAACGAUACCUCCUGGCUGAACCAUGCUAUACCCCUAGACCCAGACACACAAAAGCCAUUGUCUUGCCUGAGAUACUCUGUAAUGAACACCACAGAUGUGAAUAAUCUGCAAUGUGUGAAAGAGGAGUUUUCCAAUAAGACUGAGAAGUGUUCUAGCUAUGUUUAUGAAGAGGAACACUCUUUUGUGAAAGAGUUCGACCUAGGCUGUCAAGAAUGGAAGCGCGCCCUAGUGGGCACCAUCCACAACUGUGGAAUGUUCGUAGCCAUGCUCUUCACUGGCGCGAUCUCAGACCGAUUCGGCCGAAAAGUCGCCGUCGGGUUCGCCUCGUGCGCGUGCUUCAUCUUCGGAUUCUCGCGAGCAUUCGCGCCGAAUUACAUCGGGUUCUUGAUCUUGCAUUUCUUUGAGGCUGGCUUCGGAGGCGGACUGUACCCGUCUGCUUAUGUUUUCAUUGUCGAGCUGGUCGGCGUGAAGCAGCGCGUAAUAGUCUCAGCUAUGUGCAACAUGACUUUCGUCAUCGGCGUUGUCCUCAUCGCCCUCCUAGCGUGGGUAGUCGACAACUGGCGGACGUACAUCAUGAUCCUCUACAGCCCAGCCAUCAUUGUCGUCAUGUACGUUUGGUUCAUGAACGAGAGCGGACGCUGGCUGCUCAGCAAAGGCAGGAGAGAUGAAGCCGUCGAUGUCUUGAAGAAGGCAGCCAAAAUCAACAACCUCGACCCGAGAAAAUUGGAACUUGACGGCUUAGCUGAUCCGUUAUUGAAGCCACAAAAUCAGACUGAUGAUAAAAAAUCCCAGUUAUCAAAAGCGAUUCGCUCCAGUAUCAUUUGGAAGCGACUGCUUAUAUGCUCGUUUCUGUGGAUGACGUGCUCAUUAGUGUAUUACGGUUUAUCUAUCAACUCAGUGUCAUUGAGCAGCAAUAAGUAUGUGAGCUUCAUGCUGGUAGUCCUUGUGGAGAUACCGGCGUAUAUCGUGGUUGUGAUUGUAUUAGACAAGUAUGGGAGGAAAAAGACGCUGAUCGCGAAUUAUGUGACGUGCGCUGUGACCAGCUUGCUGUUCGCGUUUCUGCCGAGAUCUGACUGGUGGUCUAUCCCGCUGUACCUCAUCGGCAAAUGGAGCGUGACGCUGGCCUACAGCUCGGUCUACAUCUACGUGUCCGAAGUGUUCCCCACCAACAUGAGGCAGACACUCAUCAGUGUGUGUUCUACUGCGGGCAGGAUCGGCUCGCUGGUGGCUCCGGUGACGCCUCUAUUGUCGCUCUACCACAAGUCGAUGCCAACAGUGAUAUUUGGCAUUAUGUGCAUGAUAUCCAGCCUGCUGGUCCUCAUGUUGCCGGAGACGAGGAACAUGAGGCUCCCAGACACCAUCGAGGAGGCCGAGGAGUUGUACAGGAUGAAGAGCAAAACGGUAGACGAAGACAUCUUGUGAGAAUAACUUUAGUUCUUGGAUCCUCUAAGUUGAUUUGAUAGUAUUACCAGAGUAAAUACAAAUGAGUAGGUCGUUCGUUCGUUCGUUCGUUUCAGCCGAAAGACGUCCACUGCUGGACAAAAUUCGGCGCAACCACGACUGGCUCUCCGCUAAUCCCCGCUAAAUUUUGUCAGUGUGUGCGUGCGCGCCGCAUACGUGUUUGCGCGCUCACAUACAAACCGCGCCCGUGCGUUUCUAUGAAGAUGACCUACUCGAUUAUGAUGGUGAAGUGAGAACAAUUUAUAAGAACAUCCUUCUUGUACGUUUAGUUACAUUUUUGGAAAUAGGUAGAACGUACAAGAAAAGUAUUUUAAAAUAUGAUCCAAAUCAAAAAACGUUUAUUAAAUAUUCAAUGUAUACAAUUAAUGAAAGAUUUUUUUUAUUUUCUGCUGCUUUUGGAGGUUAAUUUAAACAAAUUCAGAAUCACAUACGAAAAGAAAAACAUAGAGACUGGUUUUGUAUCUUACUUAACUAACAAACAUUAUACAGGACUAUUAUUUAUCAGAGUGCUUUUACAAGUGAGCAUUUUAUAGUUAGCAACAAAAAUAUGAAUUUAAAAUAGGUUUACUGACUAUUAAAUGUAUGGUUACUAUAUAUAAAAUAUAGACUAUUGUAUUGUGAACCAGUACGCAUUUCAAGAAAGAGAGGAUCCAAUUUAGUUUUAUUGCUAUUGUAAAAUAUAUUUAUUAUUUACGUUUGACAAUAUUACCUACUUAGCUCGAAUAUUGCAGUUUAUGUCCAUAUGCAAUCAUGUGCUUAUUAUCUAAGUGUAGAUAUAGCUUUUAUAAUGUUUAUAAUAUUUAUAAAACGUACGAACACUACAGCUUAUGAAAAACUUUUUGUUUAAUAUUUUUUUGUAAUGCCAAAGGAUUAUUCGAAAGAUUUAAAAAAAAUCACAAAUAUGGCCAGUAUGCGGUUAUUUUUUGUACUUAUCUACAUAUUAUUACUUUAAAUUUUGCACUGUAACAAUUCAAGUAAAACUUUUUAAGAGUAAACUUCAUGUUACGUUUAGAAAAAGACCAAAAAUGUGAACAAAUAAUGAUGCUACUUCGCGUGAAGUCACACUUAACCUUUUCUUAUUUGUAUAAGGUAAAAAUAUGCAAAAUAAUAACUGUAAAUGUAAAUCCCUUAUCCGUACCUUGAGGAAAAAUAUGUGAUUUCAACGAACUUAUGUUCACAUGUGAAUUUUAUAUUACGAUUUUAUUCCUUAAAUAAUAUAAUAAGCAAUAAGUAAAUUAAUUUUUCUAGAAAUACUUUACGUCUACUAGACGAGCUGUUCAGAAUAAGAAUGUUGGUGUCCAUUACCUUAAAAUAAGUAAAAUUAACAUGUAAAAUUAAAGCGCUCGAAAUUAAUAUAAACUAAGUAUAAAGAAUUUGUUGACUACAACUUCCGCAGCUUUUGCAACACGUUUGCUUCUCUCACUCGCUCGCAACUGACUAAGUUAAUUUUUGACAAGUAUCUGCAACAUAUUGAGCAAUAUCCCAUAGCAUAAA